AUGAAUCCAGAUGAAGCAGAAUUUUUGGGCGAGAAACAAUUUAUUUCAAUAAUUCCAACGUUUAAUAGUGGUGUAGUUCACCUAAUAUCAGGAGAUGUGGGUCCUUUUCGUGCUAGCUUACCAACAAGAGUACCUCUCUGGAUGGCAAUCAACUUGAAGCAACAACAAAAAUGUAAAAUUCAGCACCCUGAAUGGAUGAAUGUAGACCAAUUAGAGAGGAUUAAAGAAGAUGAAAAAAAAGACAAAUUCUUCACCAAAAUGCCUAGUGAACAAUACAUGAUUGAAGCAAAAUUAUUAUUGGGUUGUGCUUCAGAUGAUGUACCAAAGGCAGAUGAUAUAAGGACUAUCAUUAAAGAUAUAUGGGAUAUUCGUAUGGCAAAACUUAGGUCUUCAGUGAAUAAUGUAUUGAAAAGUGCUGAUUCAUAUGCAGAAUUUAAGAAUUUAACUGUGAUGGAAAUCAACUCCAUAAGACCCAUCUUGCCUCAUGCUUUGGAUCAAAUAUAUAGAAUGAAGAUUAAUAAACAUCAAGGAGCCCAAAGUACUACAUUAUCAACUCCAUUCAGAACAUCUACUUCAUUUUCAAAUUUGAGUUGA